UUCGCCUACACUCCUCUCAUCAGUCAGUCCCCGCUCCUUCUCCACGGCUACCCCGCUGGCGAGAUGCGGGGUGGAGCGGGAGUCGUUCCACCGGCGUCGGGCCUCGCGCUCGGGGCGGUGCUGCUUCUCGCCGUGCUGCCGUCCCGGGCGGGCGGGGUGAACGUGACGGCGGCGCUCGCGGCUUUCCCCGGCUUCUCCGACUUCGCGCGGCUCCUGGCGUCGAGCCCGGUGGCCGAGGAGCUGGCGGCGCGGUCGUCCCUGACGCUGCUGGCCGUGCCGAACAACAACCUGCCGCGCUCGCCCUCGGCGUUCGCGACGGCCUCCGGCGCGGACAUCGCCGACGUGCUGCGGUACCACGUCCUGCUCGAGUACCUUUCCCCUUCUGACCUCGCGCGCCUCCCCGCCUCCGGGAAGCUCGUGACGACGCUGUUCCAGACCACCGGGCGCGCGUCCUCUGAUCUCGGCGCCGUCAACCUCACCGUUGGGGGCAACUCCACCGUCGUGGUCCGGUCGCCGGCGCCUUUCCCGGGGUCCAACGCCACCGUCCUCGGUUCCGUCACCGCGGUGCCUUACAACCUAAGCGUGCUCGCUGUGGGCGGCCUCAUCGUCCCCUACGGGCUCGACAUCGCAGCCUCCGCCAGCCGCCCGGCUGGCGUCAACAUCACCCAUGUCCUCGCGGACGCGCGGGGGUUCAACGUCGCUGCCUCCAUGCUGGAGGCGUCGGGCGUCGCGGACGAAUUCCUGGCAGACGAGCGCGGCGCCGGCAUCACGGUCUUCGUGCCCACCGACGAUGCCUUCGCUGGCCUCCCCGCCACCGAUCGUCUCCAGUCCCUCCCCGCAGAUCGCAAGGUCACCGUGCUUCGCUUCCACGUGCUGCACUCAUACUAUCCGCUCGGCUCCCUCGAGUCCAUCGUGAACCCCGUGCAGCCCACGCUCGCCACUGAGCGCGCCGAGGCUGGCCAGUUUACGCUAAACAUCACGCGCGUCAACGGCUCCGUGGCCAUCGACACCGGCGUCGUGCAGGCUUCGAUCACCCGCACGGUGUUCGACCAAAACCCCGUUGCGGUGUUCGCCGUCUCAAAGGUUCUGCUACCCAAGGACAUGUUCAGCCGGGACGGUGUCGACAGCGCUGCCACGGCACCGCCGCCGGCCGCGAUGGCGCCAGAUGUCGCUGAUAGCGUGCAGACGCCACCGACGAGACUGUCGUCACCGCCAGCCCUGCGGGGCGGCACCGAUAGCAAGUCAUCAUCGGCAUUUCCAACGGCAAGGGCAAUUAAUCGGUGGUGUAUACUGUUGGUAUUCCUAAAGCUGCAUCUGUUUCUACUACCUCUGGUAUGAGAUGCGGAUGUUCCCCCAUUGCUCGCUCCAUUUUGCUCAAUUUUUGUUCUUUUGUUACUAUUUUCCCCCAUUUUAGAAUGUGUACUACGGGAAUGUGACGGGUAGAGAAUUUCGAAGGGGCAAAAGUAGUAACGAUCUUUCUAGUUUCUUUAUUAGUUUUAAGGGAAAUAAUAUCAUGUGUAGAAACCUACGCCUUGUACUUGUUCCAAAAACGAACAACACCAUGUUCAAAAUUGUUCU